AUUGCAGAGACCAUAACGACACGGAACUUCCUGUUCACAGAAGACGUUUUGUAUGUUUACCUCAUACUUCCUGGACCGGGUGAAGAAGCUGCAGAGAUGUACAGACGUAGUUAGUGGGAUAGAAGCAUCUCAUCUCGAAAUGUACAGUCACGUCAGCGCAGCCGCAGUCCGCUGAACGAUAUCUAUCUCGCGAGGUCUCUCCCAGAAUGCAAUUCCUCCAUCUGUUUCACUUUCACUCUUGAAUUACUUUGUGCACGCUCGGUUAAUACUGCGUGCUGAAGAACACACGCGGAGAGGAUUUCCUGCCUGUCACCAUGCUGGCUGCACCUGUCCUGCUGCUGCUGCUCGUUCCCUUUUCUCCCUCAUCAGCAGCACAGCUACCAAACCCGGGCCAAGCCAAGGUUGCCCUCGUGGCCACCAACGGCCAGCCGUUCCCCUGGGACCGCAUGAGACUUCCCAAAACCGUCUCCCCCUUCCACUACGACCUGAGCCUCCAUCCCAACCUGACCACCCUCGACUUCACAGGGGUUGUUCGUAUCCAGCUGGAUGUGCACGAAGACACCCGCGCCAUCGUCCUCCACGCCAAGCAGAUGCAGGUGUCCAACGUGUGGCUCCUUGCACCCGAAGGCGUGAGGCCUCUCCGGGUGUUGGAGUAUCCUCGUUUCCAUCAGCUCGCCCUGCUGUCGGACUCGGUGCUGACCAAAGGUAGGAGGUAUGAAGUUCAGCUGGAGUUUGCUGCCAACCUUUCCGACAGCUUCCAUGGUUUCUACAAGAGCAGCUACCGCAGCAGCAGUGGGGAAGUCCGGGUUCUGGCAUCCACACAGUUUGAAGCCACCUUUGCUCGUGCGGCCUUCCCCUGUUUUGAUGAGCCCGCCUUCAAAGCCAACUUCACCAUACAGAUUAUACGAGAGCCACGCCACAUAGCCAUAUCCAACAUGCCCAUGGUAAAAACGGUGGCGUUGCCGGGCGGGUUGCUUGAGGAUCACUUCGACACCAGUGUAAAAAUGAGUACUUACCUGGUGGCCUACAUUGUGUCUGACUUCCUGUCUGUGAGCAAGACCACCCAGCAUGGCGUCAAGAUCUCCAUCUACGCCGUGGCUGAGAAGAUUGACCAGACAGCCUUUGCGCUGGAUGCUGCCGUCAAGCUGCUGGACUUCUACGAUGACUAUUUUGAUAUUCCUUACCCACUUCCCAAACAGGACCUGGCUGCAAUCCCUGACUUCCAGUCGGGCGCGAUGGAGAACUGGGGGCUGACCACCUACAGAGAGACGGGCCUCCUCUUUGACCCCGACAAGUCCUCAGCUUCAGACAAGCUGGGGAUCACCAAGGUCAUCGCCCAUGAGCUUGCACACCAGUGGUUCGGUAACCUGGUGACAAUGGAGUGGUGGAACGACCUCUGGCUCAAUGAGGGUUUCGCCAAGUUCAUGGAGUAUAUUUCUCUCGACAUCACCUACCCGGAGCUGCAAGUGGAUGACUUCUUCUUGGGGAAAUGUUUUGAUGCCAUGGAGGUCGACUCCCUCAGCUCCUCCCACCCGGUCUCCACCGAUGUGGAAAACCCCACUCAGAUCCAGGAGAUGUUCGACGACGUUUCAUACGACAAGGGGGCGUGUAUUCUGAAUAUGCUGCGGGACUUCCUGACUCCUGAGGCUUUUGAGAUUGGCAUCAUCCGAUACCUCAAGCGCUACAGCUACCAAAACACAGUCAACAGCCACCUGUGGGAGAGCCUGACUGAUAUCUGCAACUCGGACGAUCUGGACAAAGGCCGAAUGAAACACAAAGAAUUCUGCUCCCAGCGCAGCGUCCAGUCGGGAGCCUCCAAAUGGUACCCCGGUGAUGAGCUGGAUGUCAGGGCCAUCAUGGACACCUGGACGCUGCAGGAGGGCUUCCCUCUGGUCACUGUGGAGGUCAGAGGUCGGGAGGUCCGGCUCAGUCAGGAGCGCUACUUGAAGACAGACGACCACUCCCUCACCGAAGGAUUCCUGUGGCAGAUCCCACUGACCUACAUGACCAGCGCCUCCAAAACCACCCACCGCUUCCUGCUUAAGACAAAGACCGGUGUCCUUCACCUGCCGGAGGAGGCGGACUGGGUGAAGUUCAACGUGGACAUGAGCGGCUACUACAUGGUGCACUACGCAGGUGACGGGUGGAACUCCCUCAUCAAACUGCUGCAGCACAACCACACCGCCCUGAGCAGCAACGAUCGCGCCAGCCUCAUCCACAAUGUCUUCCAGCUGGUCAGCACAGGGAAGGUGAGGCUGGACACGGCUCUGGAGCUGUCUCUCUACCUGUCCAGGGAGACUGAGAUCAUGGCCGUGACUCAGGGCUUCGGGGAGCUCGUACCCCUCUACAAACUGAUGGAGAAGAGAGACAUGGCUGCCCUGGAGAACCAGAUGAAGAACUACAUUGUUGAUCUGUUCCGGGGGCUGAUUGAUCGGCAGGAGUGGACUGACUCAGGAUCAGUGUCUGAGCGAGUGCUGAGGAGCUACCUGCUGCUGUUCAGCUGCGUCAGGAACUACGCUCCCUGUGUGACGAAGGCCUCCCAACUCUUCGACAGCUGGAGGGACUCUGACGGCACCGUGAGCCUCCCUGUCGACAUCACCAUGGCUGUGUUUGUGAUUGGAGCUCGAACACCAGAGGGGUGGGACUUCCUGUUUGAGGAGUACCGCCGUUCGCUGCAAAUGUCUGUAAAGAGCCGCAUGAAGUCGGCGAUGACCGUCAGCCCACUGCAGGACAAGCUCAAGUGGAUGAUGGAGCAGAGCCUCCACGGCGAGGUGAUGAAGACUCAGGAUCUCCCAGGUGUGGUCGUCUCAGUCAGCAAGAACCCCCGGGGCUACAAACUGGCCUGGGACUUCCUCCGAGCCAACUGGCCCACUCUGAUCAAGAAAUUUGACCUGGGCUCGAGCACCAUAUCCCACUUGGUGACGGAAGUGACCAACCAGUAUUCUACCAGGGAGAUGUUAGAUGAGGUGAGAAGCUUCUUUGGCUCUCUGACGGAGGAGUCGGGCUCCGAGAUGAGAUGUAUCCGGCAGACCUACGAGACCAUCGAGGAGAACAUCCGCUGGAUGGACACCAACCGUCCUCUGCUGCAAGCCUGGCUGGACAAGCGCAGCCACAGAGCCGCGCAUGAAGAUUUAUAGCUCCGGAUUGGACAAUUGUGUUGCUAGAGGCGGAAAUUACAAGACGUGUGGAUGCAACUCACAAGAUUUGGAGUCCGAUUGAAUCACACAUUUGAACACAAUUCACAAGGAUGUUAACAUCAGUGACUCCAGCCUGUAAAGAUAAAAAAAAAGAGUUAUCUUAGUACAUCAUAAUUCAUAAUCCCAAAUCAGAAUGACCUGACAUGAUGGCACUUAAUGUGUCAACAAUCAGGACUUACUUGUGACGCCUCUGUAAACUACAACCUAAAAACCUUUGCCCCUCAGGUUCAAACAGAGUUAUUGCAGAUUUCCUGAAAGAAGCCCAAUAUGGUAAAGGUUUUCAGGGGGGAUAAAAGUCCAAUGAAAUGCGCUCUGCAAUAGUCAUGACAACGGAACAUUUGUGUUCAGAGUUUUCUAUGUGUUUGUUUGUUUGUUUGUUUUUUAGGUUCAAAGAGGAGGUGAAGUGUUUCCUGUGCAAAGUAUCUGUUUAAGUUCAUUUCCAUUCCUGCUGCAUUAUCACUGCAGAAAGCAACACCUUGUGUUCAGUGCCGCACCAAAAUAAAUGUACUGCACAUUGGAUAUUAAUAUUUUCCUCAAAUAUUUAAGUACCAGACCACUACCUUUUUAAAAAAUGUUAUUCAGAAAACACUGCUGUAGAAUCAGAUCAAAUACAUAUGAAAAUGAAAAUGAAUUCAACCGACGCCACCAUUCUCAAAUUAAUGAUAAAAGGCAGUGCUCGAUAAGGAAUGUGUUGUAUUUGGUUUAUUCAACACAACAACAUUUCAUGCCUUAUUUUGAUAAGACUGUAAAAUAUUCUCUCAGACAGGAUUCAUAGAAAUGCUGUUGUUUUGUAAGGCGAUAUGUGUUAAAUUAAAUAAAAUAUUGGACAGAUA